AUUGGAUCAUCCAGGGGGGCGACUCCUCGCUUUCCUGCAGGCCACCGACAUCCAUGGCUGAAUCCUUCUGGAAUUCCACAGAAGAUCGGGAUGGCCUCGCCUGGUUAGCAGAACAGAUCUCUGAGCAGAGGUUGUUGCUCACCAGGGCAAUGACAUCCCAAUCGUCCGUGGAAUUCAGGAAGGAUUCGACCCUGGAUGCUGGUGGCCGGCACGAAAAGGCUGAGUUAUCCGGCUGGAUGUCCCAAUUGUUCGAAAAAUUGGAUUUGGAGGUGGAUGAGGAGGAUCUUUGUUCCACUGACGAGAUGACUAACAAUGGUGCGCAUUCUCUUAAAAGAGAUGAAAAUUCGCAAAAGCAGGGACUGUUCCGCCCUUCAAUUGGGGCGUGUUAUCCUGCGUCCGAUGACGAAGCAAAGGAGUACUAUAAUACGAAGAGGAGACUUACAUAUGGAGGAAGACCUCUAAAUGAGAUGGACCGGAUGACUGAUGAAUGCUUGCUUGCUUUCAAAAACUAUGCGCAGAAUAGUAAUCUUGAGGACACCGAGUACAAGUUUGGAGAACUUCGCCGUCGCUGUUACAAAGUCCAGGCUCAUGGCAAGAUAUAUCAGCAUUUCAAUUUCACUAUGCAGACAAAACUUGGAAAUUCUGGUAUUUGGACAUCAAAACUUUAUUUUGCUGAAGUGAAGGAGUUGUCUAGUGUGAAGCACUAUUUCUGCUGCCCAUUGGAGGCAACUGAUGAUGGUGAUUGCUUUGAAUGCGAGAGACAAAACAUAGGUAUUCUAAAACAUCCUUGUAAAGGUGGUUACGAGGAAGGAUAUUCUGAUAAAUUCAACCUGUAUAUGGUUGACUAAUCAGACUCGGAUGCAGACCAGCUAUCUGAUGAUGGACAAAUUGGGAAGUCUGCAAGAAGGUGGUGAAUCUAGCAAGUCGUUCGGUCCGGUGUGUCGAGUUCAGUUGACGUGCAGCAUGUACUAUAUAGUUUUUUUGUUUGUACAUUAUAUCUAUAGAUUAGACAGCUAUCUGAACUGAUUUAUUACUAGCGAACAUAUCAUACUCCCAAGUCUCGUAAGAGUUUAUUCUCCAGGCCUUGUAUUUUUAACCAGUGAGCUUAUGUUAGGGCUUUGUUACAAUC